CCGAUCGCGCCGCCGCUGCCACCUCAGUUCAUCGUCCCGCCUUCGUUUGCUUCCACCUACAGACCCGGUGCAUUGUUCCCUGCAGUAAUAACGCAGUCCAUGGCGCCCUCGUCCGCACCAUGUUGGUUCACCACGUUGCAGCAACCAGGCAUGACUGGUUCGUCGACUCAAGGACCUUGGUUGUUCUCUACUGGAAUUAGUCCAUCUACGGAGAAUGCUGAGCGCCCUGAUAUCCAUGCGUUGUAUGAUACUGUCCCUCUCUUCUCAAUUUUUUUGGUUGUUUAAUUUUUUUUAUUCUGUAUGGAUGAUUUUUCUGCAUAAUCGAUUGACAUGGUAGUAGUAUUCAGCCAGCAGCCGGCAAAAGUAUUAGCAUCGCUCUUACGUCGCCCGCGUGGGCCGUAGUGCAUGUGCCUCAUGCCCACACGUGAAACGGCGCCGCUCAUCUAGAUAUUUCUCACUUUAGUACCAUACCGCGUGCCAAGCAGCCCCUGGGCCCAGUUAUAUAGCUUCCUCCUCCCAAAAUUAAUAACUCGUCCCAAUACCUAUAUAUAAAGGCCUGAUCAGUGAUCACCACCACCACUCGCUUCCUGCUCCCUCACCCCACUUCCACUUCAUCGCCAUGAGCUCGUCCUUCCUCGGGCCAUUCACCGAUUUUGACUACUCAUCCGUGCUCGCCGCCGGCGACUUUUUUGCCGGUCACCAUCCUGACCAGCCGCCGUCGCCGGCGGAGGUGGUGGUGGCCGUAGGCGGAGGUGAUGCCAGUGGGAAGCGGAGUUUCCAGGCCGACGACGACGAUGCCAUGGGCGUCGUGUCCCGCUUGUCCAAGAGGACGAGGAAGGCGCCGUCGAGUUCGAGCUCGCCGUCUCACAGCGAUGGCGGCGGCGGCGGCGGCGGCGAGGGGAACGAGCCGGCGGCGGAGAGGGGAGGUGGCCGGCGGGUGUGGGUGCGGGAGCGGAGCACGGAGUGGUGGGACCGCAUGAGGGACCCGGCGGCGUGCCCGGAGGCGGAAUUCCGGCGAGCCUUCCGCAUGCCGCGCGCGGUGUUCGACAAGCUCUGCGACGACCUGGCCGCCGCCGUCGCCAAGGAGGACACCACGCUCCGCGCCGCCAUCCCCGUGCCCCAGCGCGUCGCCGUCUGCCUCUGGCGCCUCGCCACCGGCGACCCGCUCCGCGAGGUGUCCCGCCGCUUCGGCCUCGGCAUCUCCACCUGCCACAGCAUCAUCCUCCAGGUCUGCGCCGCCAUCACCGCCGUCCUCACCAGGGUCGUCCGGUGGCCGGACUCCCACGCCGCGGCCGCGUCCAGGUUCCAGGCCUUGUCCGGGAUCCCCGGCGUCGUCGGCGCCGUGCACACCGAGCACAUCCCCAUCGUCGCGCCCAGGGAGAACGCCGGCGAGUACUACGACCGCCGCCUCACCGACCGGAACAACAAGGCCACCUACUCCGUCGCCAUGCAGGCCGUCGUGGACGCCGACGGCGCCUUCACCGACGUCUGCAUCGGCCACCCCGGCUCGCUCUCCGACGCCGCCGUCCUCACGAAGUCGGCGCUGUACGCCCGGUGCGAGGCCGGGCUGCUGCUCGGCGACGACCCGCAGUGGCUCGUCGGCGGCGCGAGCUACCCGCUGACGAGCUGGAUGCUGGUGCCGUACGCGCAGCCGAACCUGACGUGGGCGCAGGAGAGGCUCAACGCGCGGGUGGCCGACGCGCGCGCGGCGGCGGUGGGCGCGUUCCGGCGGCUCAGGGCGCGGUGGCGGUGCCUGCGGCGGCGCGCCGAGGUGAAGCUGCCGGAGCUCCCCAACAUGCUGGGCGCCUGCUGCGUGCUGCACAACCUCUGCGAGCGCAGCGGCGGGGAGCUCGACGCCGACCUCCUACACGACGAGCUCGUCGACGACGGAGUGGUCGCCGGCGGCGGCAAUACAGUGCGCUCCGCCGCCGCCGAACAGGUUAGAGACAGGAUCGCUCACGGUCUCCUCCAUGCCGGCAACACUGCUUCGAGUAGCUACCAAGAUUACCAUUACGGGCGGUUAUAGGUGUUGGAAUAUAAAGUGAAUUGUCCAUCUUUUCUUAUCUGUUUAAUCUUUUGGGUUGAACUGAUCCGUGUAUGCAACUCAAUAAUAGAUAACCGCCGCUAGUAGGUUCACAGCCGAUAACCGGUUAAAGCCUAAUUGGAGGGAGGUUAAUUUCUAGCUAUCCUGAUUCCAUAAGAACAUAUGAAAUUAUAUAUUUAUUUAUAGUUUAAGGUAAAAUUUAGAAUUAUUUCUGCAUGUUACCGGUUACAAAUUUAAUUAUUGGAUUUGCAUUUUUAUCGGAAUAAAUUCAGUAACCGGUGGUAAUUAAUCAACUUGUUAUUGGAUCGGGAUAUCCUCCGAGUCUAGUAAUUAUUCUAGAUAAACCAGUGUUUCGGAACUCUGGUAGAUACUUUGCUUAUACUAUAAGAAUUUGAUCAAUUUUUAUGGUGUACAAAGGUUUUAUAGGACAAAUGCAAGAUUGAUUCGAUGGAUCUCAGUAUAAUGUAUGUCUCAUGUGUUUAUGAUUGUAAUUGAAAUUUGAAUAAUUAUCAGAACACAAAUUUCAUCUAAA